GCAGCUGCCCUUCCUUUCCCCAACCCCUCCUUCCCCCCGCUGAACGUCCGAACGAGGACUCGAGUCGUCCCUCUUUGUGUUCGCUUUGCAAAAGCCUCGCCGAGCUCACGGCUCGGCUCAGCCCGGCGAGCCCCUUUGCAAAGGAGGCUGGGAGUUGUAGUCCUAGGCCCGGGCAGCGCGAACAUGGAGCGGGGCUCUGCUCGCCAGGCGCCCGCAGCUCCGGACCCCCAGCCGGGGGAAGGUUCUCCAAAACAGCAAAACCCGCUGAGCAAGUCACAAAGAGCAGAAUCCAAUUUGUUGCGGGAAAAAAUCGCUGCGAUUCUUCACAAUUUUGGACCCUUUCUCUUUUUUGUGUGUGCCCCAGAUCAGGCUUCCGGAGCCAUCGAGGUAGAACAGAAAUUUCUUUUCGGGCCCAACACCAUCGAGAAGUUAGCCGAGCUGGGAGCAAUCUUGGAAAGCCGUGUCUCUUUUCGUGACAGCUACUAUGACGUCCCUGAUUGGUGCUUGACGCGAGCGGAUCAUUGGCUGCGGGAUCGCGAGGGGGUGGGCUGGGAGCUUAAAUGUCCCCCGGUUAGGGUGGUGGGAAGCAAGGGGACCCUGUGUGCGGCAGAGACGGAUAACCGUGCGUCCUCUCUGUUUUUGCAACCACCGAGGGACACAAGACCAUCCCACGCAGCCAGUCAAUACCAAGAAAUGACGUGUCCCCAAAAUAUUGUGACGCGCCUCUGUGGUUUAUUGGACAGAGACCCAGGACCGAACUGGAGUUCUUGUGUGAACAAAGCAGUAGAAGAACUGGGCUUGCAAGUGUUUGCUAGUUUUGUGACCACGCGGCAAAAAUACCGUGCGGGGGAUUUGCACGUUGAUCUGGACACGGCGGAUUUUGGCUAUGCCGUGGGUGAGGUGGAAGCCGUGGUCCAGCAGUUAGAAGAUGUCCCUGAAGCUUUGGAGAAGAUUCAGGAGUUUUCCAGGCAGUUAGGUUUGAGAGAAGAAACCGCCAUUCCUGGCAAGAUGUCGGUGUAUUUGUACAGAUUCAGACCUGCCCAUUACCAGACCUUGACGGAGGCCGGAAUUGUGCGGAAAGUGAUCAAUACGACGGAGGGCCAGGAUGGAAAAGUCUGAUGGGUCAAGAACCAGGAUGGGGGAGAGAGAGAGUUUGAUCUCCAAACUACAGGACAGUCCAGAAUUAUCUUUAAAUUAAAUUAAAUUAUCUUUAAAUUUUAAAAAAGCAUUUCAAAUAAACUCUCCUUUUCCUUCCAAAAA